UUUCAACUGCAGUGCACCACAGACAGACAACAGAGACACCAACGGAGACGCAUAUCAGAGCAACUACUCAACUACUAGUCACUGAAGUUAGAAUCAUACAGUAUAUAUUACCAUUAGGAGUCAGGUAGAAAGGGAUUCAUUAGUAAGUUAAUACUAUAAGUAAAAGUUAAAAUCAUAUAUAUCACAAUAUCAGGUCAGUCAGACUGAAUUAGUUGAUUAAUAAAUUGAUUGUGGUCAUCAUUGAUAUUCGGUACGGUUAGUUAAGAUGGCCGACUACAUCAACAAACAGGUGAUUGAAUUAAACAAAGUUAAUGAAGAAAACCAGAAUAGAGCAACGAGGAGCCUGAAGACUGAGACCCAUCUCUCAGAUAGAAGACUAAGACCCUACAGGCUGGCUGCUGUGUGUUUAGGAGUGCUGUGUGUUCUACAAGUCACUCUCAACAUUUCCCUGAGGCUGGCUUUCUACAACAGAGGCAAUGAGACUGUGGAGAAAAACCCGCUACAGACCAGUUACAACACUAAGACUAAAGAGAGAGACCAGCUACAGACCAGUUACAACACCCUGACUAAAGAGAGAGACCAGCUACAGAAGGAUAGAGAUGAUCUCAUGUCAAAGUUCUCUAAUCUGAAACAAAAAUGUCCUGAAGGCUGGCAGAAGUUUGAAUCCAGUUGGUACUUCCUGUCUACAGUGAAAAAACCCUGGAGGGAGAGUAGACAGGACUGUCUGGAGAGAGGAGCAGAUCUGGUGAUCGUAAACAGUGAUAUGGAACAGGAGUUUCUCUUUGGCCUUACUAAGAGAGCCUGGAUUGGUCUGACUGACUCUGUUACUGAGGGGACCUGGAAAUGGGUGGACGGCACCCCACUGACCACCCCAAGUUAUUGGCACAAACUGCAGCUUGAGAAUGAUGGUGACACCCCAGCAAAUCGGAAGGAGGACUGUGUUGAGCUGAACACAGAAACAUGGCGCCCUGGAAAGGCAUGGAAUGACCUGUCAUGUUCAGACAAUCAUUACUGGAUUUGUGAGAAAGUGGUUUAACAACACCAUGACAACAGAGGAGGCUGGUGGGAGGACUGAAAGGAAUUUUAUAAUAUCUGUACAUUACAAUUCUACCGGUGACUGCAAAAGUACAAUGAUUAAUGUUUUGCUUGAGCUUGAGAUUAAGAAUCAGUGAUAGACCUUGCAAGUGCAUGAAAAGGUCACCUGUACAAAGUCAUAUGUUUGUGUGUUGAAACUAUACUUUGGGUAACAGAUAGAUAAAGGGAACCAAGUGUUACUGUUGUUGCUAUGUUCCAGUCUUACUUCUGCUUGUACAUGACAGCAAAAAUGGGAAGAGUGAUUGGGAAACUAACUGCCAAUAACACAAUAAGCUGAACUCUGCCUAGCAGAGACAUCUUUGUAUUACCAACUAUUAAUUCUGAGCUUAUAUGGUAUUAAAGUUAAGGGACAUCACCCCGGGUGGGGUGAUCCUCAGUAGGGGAUAAAAAGGGAAAACACCAUCUUUUGUGAUGAGAGUGUUACAUGCAAAUUACUGUAAGUGUAAACUCCGGCUUGCAAUCCGGCUUGCAAUCCUUAUUAAACAAACUAACCUCUGAUCAAGGAUGUUUCCUGUGGUCACUUGUGUGCACAUAGGGCAGAAUUUCCUUUACAAUUCUUGGCGACGAGGAUGGGGUAGAUAAUGGCAGUCUUCAACUGAUUCCAGAGUGAAGACAGGUCAACCAUACACGAUAGUAGUCAGUGACCAAGGGAAUUCUCACUCCACAUAGAGGUUGGAGCAGAUGAAACCCGCCUGAAAACCCGCCUGAAAUCACUGGAGCAGGGGAGACUGUCUACUCUAUCCUAAACAAAUUUAGAUAAGACCUGGAUUUUUUGAUCAUGGGUUAACAAGCUUAGUUUUAAGAAAAUGAGCGCUAAGUUUUAAGAAAAUAGCGAGCUCAGUGAAUGAGAGAUAGGGGUAGAGUCCUCUUGAAAGAAGGGUCAUUUCUCAAAAAGGGGCGUGAGUCCUCUGAUAGAAGGCUGAAUGAGAGAUAGGGGUAGAGUCCUAUUGAAAGAAGGGCCUUUUUUUCUCUAUUAUUGGGAUUGGAAGGGUCCUUUCUCAAAAAUAAUCCCAAAAAGCUUUCUAAAAAAGGGGUUUGAGUCCUCUGCAAGAGGGCUGCUGAGGGAUGCUGAGCAAGAAGGGUCCAUUCUCUAUUAUAGGGGCUGGCUGAUUGGGAGAAGUGGGCAGAGUCCUCUUGAGAGAUGGGAGUAUGAAUGGGAGAUAGGGGUAGAGUCCUCUUGAGAGAUGGGAGUAUGAAUGGGAGAUAGGGGUAGAGUCCUCUUGAGAGAUGGGAGUAUGAAUGGGAGAUAGGGGUAGAGUCCUCUUGAGAGAUGGGAGUAUGAAUGGGAGAUAGGGGUAGAGUCCUCUUGAGAGAUGGGAGUAUGAAUGGGAGAUAGGGGCAGAGUCCUCUUGAGAGAUGGGAGUAUGAAUGGGAGAUAGGGGUAGAGUCCUCUUGAGAGAUGGGAGUAUGAAUGGGAGAUAGGGGUAGAGUCUUCUUAAAGAAGGAAAUG